CCAAGACUGCGGCCGUUUUCACUUCCCAUUUCCCUUCAAGAUGUCGCAUCGUAAGUUUGAAGCUCCCCGCCAUGGUAACCUUGGGUUCCUCCCCAAGAAGCGUACCAAGCACCAUCGUGGUCGCAUCCGCAAGUUCCCCCGCGAUGAUGCCACCAAGCCAUGCCAAUUGACCGCUUUCGUGGGCUACAAGGCCGGUAUGACCCACAUCGUGCGCGAAGUGGAACGUCCUGGCUCCAAGGUGCACAAGAAGGAAAUCGUCGAAGCCGUGACCAUCGUGGAAACUCCCCCGAUCGUCGUCGUCGGUGUGGUCGGUUACUUGGAAACCCCCCGCGGUCUCCGCACCUUGACCACGGUGUGGGCUGAACACUUGAGCGAAGAAGUGCGCCGCCGCUUCUACAAGAACUGGUACAAGUCCAAGAAGAAGGCGUUCACCAAGUACGCCAAGAAGUACGCCGAGAAGCCGGCCGAGAUCGAAAACGAACUCAACCGCAUCAAGAAGUACGCCCAAGUCGUGCGUGUGAUUGCCCACACCCAAAUCCGCAAGGUCAAGCUCCGCCAAAAGAAGGCGCACCUGUUGGAAAUCCAAGUCAACGGUGGCUCGGUCGCGGAAAAGGUCGACUUUGCCCACUCCUUGUUCGAAAAGCCGGUGCCCGUCACCGCUGUCUUCUCGCAAGACGAGAUGAUUGACGUGUGCGCUGUCACCAAGGGUAAGGGGUUCGAAGGUGUGAUCACCCGUUGGGGUGUGUCCCGCCUUCCCCGCAAGACCCAUCGUGGUCUCCGCAAGGUGGCUUGUAUCGGUGCCUGGCAUCCGUCGCGCGUACGUUUCACCGUCGCGCGUGCCGGUCAGCUCGGGUACCAUCACCGUACCGAAGCCAACAAGAAGAUCUACCGCAUCGGUGCUGCCGGCGACGCCAAGUCGGCCACCACAGAACAGGAUUUGACCGAGAAGAGCAUCACGCCUCUCGGUGGCUUCCCCCACUACGGUAUCGUCAACGAAGAUUGGUUGAUGCUCAAGGGUGCCGUCGCUGGUACCAAGAAGCGUGUGUUGACUCUCCGCAAGUCGCUCUUGGUGCACACCAAGCGCAUCGCCCUUGAAGAAAUCAAGCUCAAGUUCAUCGAUACCUCGUCCAAGAUGGGGCACGGUCGCUUCCAAACCGCCGAAGAAAAGGCCAAGUGGAUGGGUCCUUUGGCUCGCCAAAACCGCGCUUAAGCUUUCACUCGGCGUUUGCCUUAGUCUGUUCGAUCAGACACAGUACAUCUCGAUGGGAUAAGUGUAAUUCAUUGCAUUUAGAAGGGGGA